UACACAGUGAACAUAGUAACUAAACUAGAACGGCCUUAAAACCAGAUUAUUUUCAAACCUUCGUCGUCUUUAAAAGUCGUUUUCGAGACACUGCUGUCGUCUGGAUGUAACGUUAGAAACAUGCUCAUGUUCCGUGUGUUAUUAGUGUUGAUUGUUCAUAUGAACGCUCACUGCAUGAAUCAGAACUGGACAUCACAUGACAGACCAAACAUAGUUAUACUCAUGUCUGAUGCCUUCGAUGGCAGGUUAACUUUUCAACCAGGCAAUAAAGUUGUACAGAUGCCUUACAUCAACUACAUGAGGGGAAUGGGUGCUGUUUUUCUCAACUCGUAUACUAAUUCACCCAUCUGUUGUCCUUCAAGGGCAGCUAUGUGGAGUGGACAGUUUGUUCAUUUGACUCAGGCCUGGAACAACUAUAAAUGUCUUGAUCCUAAUGCCACUACAUGGAUGGACCUCUUAGGAAAGAGUGGAUAUCACACUCAUAGCAUGGGGAAACUAGACUACACGUCAGGGGAUCACUCUGUCAGUAAUCGUGUGGAGGCGUGGACCAGAGACGUUCCAUUCCUGCUGAGACAGGAGGGCCGUCCGGUCACAAAUCUGGUGGGUGAUACGUCCACAAAGAGGGUGAUGACUAAAGACUGGAACAUCACUGACGCUGCGGUCCAGUGGAUCAGGCACGCUGCUGAAUCUCUCGCCCAGCCAUUUGCACUGUACCUGGGGCUGAAUCUUCCCCACCCGUACCGUACAGACUCCCUGGGACCCACAGCCGGGGGUUCAACCUUCCGCACCUCCCCGUAUUGGCUAAAAAAGGUUUCUCAUGAUCAAGUGUCUGUUCCGAAGUGGUUGCGGUUUGAAGAUAUGCACCCUGUGGAUUUCUUCUCCACCUUCACCAAAAACUGCAGUGGCCACUUCACGGAAGAAGAGAUCAGAGACAUAAGAGCCUUUUACUAUGCAAUGUGUGCUGAAACAGACAGCAUGUUGGGUGAGGUGAUAGCUGCUCUCAGAGACUCUGGCAUACUGAACAGGACAGUCGUGCUCUUCACUUCGGAUCAUGGGGAUCUGGCCAUGGAACACAGGCAGUUCUAUAAGAUGUCCAUGUUUGAGGGCAGCUCUCAUGUCCCUCUGCUUAUAAUGGGCCCAGGAGUAAAGUCUGGCUUUGAAAUCAGUCUACCUGUAUCACUAGUGGACAUUUAUCCCACUGUGCUUGAUCUUGCUGGUGUCCCACAGCCAGGGGGUCUCAGUGGUCACUCGCUGCUUCCUCUGGUUUCUGGGGUUAGAGUUCAGUCAGCUGAGGCUCAUCCUGGCUGGGUGCUCAGUGAAUAUCAUGGUUGCAAUGCCAACGCCUCCACAUAUAUGCUGAGGAUCGGCGAGUGGAAGUACAUCACAUAUGCAGAUGGCUUGACCGUUCCCCCACAGCUUUUUAACUUGUCCAAAGAUGAGUCAGAAUUGAGAAAUGUUGCAUCAAAUUUUCCUGAUGUAUGUCAGGACUUGGACAAGCUGUUACGCACAAUUUUGGACUACCCCAGUGUCUCCCAAACUGUUCACCGCUACAAUAAGCAACAGUUUCUGGAAUGGAAGAAAAGUCUAGGGGACAGUUACACCCAGGUCAUAGCAAACCUGCGAUGGCAUAUUGACUGGCAAAAAGAUGCCAAGUCCUAUGAGAGAGACAUUGAAGAGUGGCUAUUAGGGUUGGAUUGACCAUUCGGUUUAUAACUGUCCGUGAUCAGAAGAACAGAUGAUUCAUGGUUCUAUUCGGAACAAAAGAACAAUGUGGUCUGCAUAAGGGUACGUUUAUAUCGAUGUACUAAAAACUAUGCGUGUUUUUUUGCAUACAGACUACAACGUUGUCAAAACGUUUUGCGAAGACAACUAGAAAUGCUGUAUUUUUCAUGCCAGGCCAGUAGUUGGCGAUCUCACUUUGUAAAGAAAUACUACAUUCAUAUAGACUGACUGAACACGUGAAAUGAUGCGCAUGACGUCACCAUUUUCACAAAUGUGCGAUUUUGUAGUUUACACAGACACGAUAAAAGUGUAUUUUUCAAAAACUUGCACUUUGAAACCCGUUUUCAAAUGUUUGCGAUUUCAGGCCCCAAAAAGGCCGUUGUUGUGUAAAUGAAUGGCCAAAACGCAUACAAAAUGUGUGGUUUUUAGAUGAAAACGGUGUUGUGUGAACGGUCGCUUAGUCAAGGCUACCCAGACAAUAUAAUUACUACAGGUGCUUAAAUAAUUGCUCUCUAUUUUCCUUUUAAAGAUCUGAUUUUAUGA